UCCACAAGACUCCUCCACCACACACACACACCUGACACUCCACAAGACUCCUCCACCACACACACCUGACACUCCACAAGACUCCUCCACUACACACACCUGACACUGGAAAUUUAUUGCCUUCCUCGCCCUUUCUAUAAUUAUUUGAUAGCUAAAGUUGAUAAAAUUACCCUCUUAUUAAAUAAUGUGAAAAGUUGGAAAUUCCAGAAUUGAUGAGCCUCAUGUCUUAUUAGUGAGGUAUAUAGAAGAUUUGCCUCUAUUAACUGUGAUUUCAAUAUUUCAAGGAGAAUAAUACCAUAUUGACUAGGUAUUAUGAUAGGUACUAGAUAUUAUGUAGUGCAAGUAAUUUACAAGUUUUGCAGAAGCCUCUUCAUCGCCAAAAUUUAAGCUGUAAAUUUGUGAAUCAAAGUUCAUUAUGUGUGUGGUGUUUGUCUCUCUUAAGCUUGUGCAUAAAUCUUUGUUGUAAAUCUAACAUGGCAACAUAUUUUGUUUGCUCACAAAGCACAGCAAUUGUAAUGAAUUUCAGCAGGCAAUUUGUUUAUGUAGUUUGUGUUAAAUUGUUGAAACGUUUUUGCAGUGUAGUGACUGAGAAGUUGUCUGGGCACUGUUGAGCAGUGUUCCUAUCACACCUUCCAGCAUUUAACACUAAGAUUCAUGUUUGUAAUCUUGGCCACAUUGAGUUUGAAAGAAGUGAUCUUUGUUAUAGUCUUUGUGUAUAUAUAUAAAUCAGAAUGCAACACAAUUUGUUCCCGGGUAGCAAGUGUUAUUUCAUAAUUGUUUAUGCCUAAAAUGUAUAGAAAAUUAUUAUUAUUCCCCACAAACUUUGCUUUUUAACCAAGACGGUGAUAUUUUGAAACAUUCAUAUUUCUAGUGAGAAAACUGAGUUAUAUCUGUUAUAUCAGUAGGAAAAACAUAAAAAACUGAAUUAACUUGUAUAUAUACUAAAGUUAUACAAAAAGUACCACUACUAAUUUAAAGUUUUUUCAGUUACUGUAUACUGUAAAUAGCUUUCACAAAUCUGCACUCAAUUGUAGUGUGACAUUGUUAUUAUAUCGUACUUGGUAGCCGUGUUACAAGUGCAGUACUGUAUGUCCUGGCGGAGGUACGUCUUGCUCCUCCAAGUACACUCCCAUGUGCUUCUUGGAAUGAUCAAGAUGACAUCAAGGACAUGAACUUUGAGGGAUCAUGAUUAAUGAUCAUGAGGUAUCCAAGGACUAUCUUGGAUACCUUUGGGUGGUUAUAAAUAGGAGCUGCCUCGUAUGGGCCAAUAGGCCUUCUGCAGUUACCUUUGUUCUUAUGUUCUUAUACCCUAUAGCCCUUCGUGCCGUAGUUUUCACUGGUCUCUUGACCAUCUCUACAUAUGUUUGGGUCCUGCGAGUGCCCCAAACCACUGUGACAAAGGUGUUCCAAGGCACCUUUAAUUUACUAGUGAGCUUCUUGGAAAAUUCCUUGCACUGCAGGAUCUUUUAUUUAUUUGAUUCAAUUCUGUGAGCAAAGUGUUUAGAAAGCGAAGAGAGAGGAAUGGGGAUUAGAAAUCUGGAGAAAUGAGUAGGAUGAAAAGUGUAGUGGCUAUCCACUUUGGCUUGGUAGUUGUUGUAAUGACCUAAGUAUUGUUAGUGGAUGAGAGCUAUGCUCGUAGUGUCCCCGUCCUACCAGUAUUGUACUCUGCUGUAUAUCGCUUUGAAACUACUUACUGAUUGUUUUGGUCUCCACCAUUCUCGCUUAGCUGUGUAGAUCUCUAGAUGCUACCAGAAAAAUUUGAUUCUGUUGUCAGAUACUGGAGAGUGGGCCAGGCUCCACUCAGUCGAGUCUGGCCCCAGGUCGGGCUCGGGAAGUAGAACAACUCCCGAAACCCUCUCCUGGUAUGCUCCAGACUCCAGAAUUGUAGAUAAUACGUGUUGCCAUGAUCUGUGCCUCCUGAGCCUGCUUGGUAGUAGGGUUGGAAUGGCAAGUUGCUCUGGGGAGGUGCUUGGUAGUAGGUUUAGAGUGGCCAGUGCACUCGUGGGGGGGUGGAAAAUCAUUUGGGGGUUAGUUGGAAUGGGGUCCACAAUGGGUACAAUCAAGGGGAUACCUAGCAGGGUUGUAAAGAUUCAGAGUUGUGCUGGGAACUUUGAUGAUGGAUAGGUUGUUGUCUGUCCUGAGGGCAGUUAGGGCCUCUCUGAGACAGAUGGGCUCUCCCUUGAUAACACGUUUUGUUAUUUCCAUCUAGUUGUUUGACAUGACAGGCAUAGCUGGGUAGUAUCAUGUGGGCUAGCUUGGUUGUUGGGGUUUGUUGGUUGUGGAAUAGUCAAAGUGAUAUAGGUAAGGGUUGGGAUGGAGUUUGUGUAAUUAUCUCAAGUGUGGUUACAGGAGGAGAGCUACGCUCAUGGUGUCCCAUUUUCCCAGAAUUCUAUGUAAUAUGACAUUUGAAACUACUGAUGGUCUUGGUAUCCACAACCUUCUCACUUAAACUUCGUCCUACCAUCUUUGUUUGCAGAAGAAAACGUUAAUUUUUUUCAUUUUUUUUAUUUUUUAUUUUUUUUAGCUUGAAUCUGUGACGUCUUGUUCUUGAAGAUGCCAGUUUCAAUAAUUCCUCUGUCAGUUUUGCUGUUUUCCCUUACCAUUUUGCAUGUAGUAUCGCCUUUUUUCUUCUUUAUUCUUCUAGUUUUGGCAUAUUUAAUGCCUCUAGCCUCUCUUCAUAGUUUUUUUUUUUGUUAAGUUCUGGAAGCCAUUUUGUAUCAUACUUUUUGCACCUUUUCCAGUUUAUUGGUAUGCUUCUUAGUUUAUUGAUAUGCUUUUUAGUUUAUUGAUGUUCUUCUUAAAACAAGUGUAAUUACCUAAGUGUAGCUAGAGGAUGAGAGGUGUCCUUUCAUCCUCAUCAUUGGGACUCGUGGUGUCCCAUAUUCCCAGCACAUUGUCAUAUAACACUUUAAAACUACUAAUGGUUUUGGCCUCCACCAUCUUCUCACUUAAGUAGUGGUUGCAAGUUGUGUAUUAGUGGCUGCCUCAUCUUCCAUCACCUGCUUAAUUACUAGUUUUCUUACCUCAGAGAGAGGGGAGCUCACUAUGUGAUCCCUGAGCAUAUGACACACUUGCAGAUAGUUGGGUUGGGGCAGCAGUUGUAAUGGUGUUCUGCCGAACAUAUGCUUCACGUGUUUGUUAAAACUUACAAUUUUUUGAAUGGUGCUCUGAAGUAUUUAAAACAUUGUUUUAUCUUCUAGUGCCUCUCUUGUGAAAUCUGGUCUGGAGUGGGUUUGAUGCCAAAGGUGGAGAGGCCAAUGGAUAGUGCUGCAGUUGAUUGUUCAUCUGUUUCAUGAGUUAGUUUCUGGGUUCUACAGAGGUCAUCUUCCUUGCUGAGUGGGAUUAUUUUAGGAUCAUGGUUUUUCUCCUCAAUUUUAGGAGUGGAGGGGUCAGAAGUGAUGGGGUGUUCUUGUGAAAUGAAUAUUGUUCUCUUGGAAUUCAUUUGGGAGGAGGGGUACAUGGUUUGCACUUUUGCAAUGUAUUUUAUUUAUCUUCCGACAGUAGUUGAGGCAGCUUCCAAUUAUGUUCCAACAGGGUAAAUCAUGUAGCAUGUUGAAAGAUGUCUUUGAAUGUGAUGUUGGUUGCUUCCAGGAGUCUCAAAGGCAUUUCUCUAUAUCGGAAACAAGUACCGAUCUUUUCCCCUGUUUGCUUGGUGCAUCUCCAAGAGGAUUACAACAGCAUCAAGACCUUACUGAACACCUUGAAGUAUGAGUAUAGCUGGAAGGUUAUUGGAGACUUCAAAAUGGUGGCAUUCUUGAUGGUUUCCAAGGCUGUCUUACCAAGUUUCCCUGCAAUCUUUGUCGUUGGGACAGGUGGGACACCAAGGCGCACUACCAGAGUCGGGACUGGCCACAGUGGGCCGAGUUCCUUGUGUGGAGGAAUGUCAAGUGGAAGUCACUGGUGAACCCUGGAAGGUGCUGAUGUCAGCACUUCACGUCAAAUUGGACCUUCCAGCCAUCUGCCCAGACAAGGAAUCGGCUGCCUUCAAGACGUCUUACCUAAGCUGUUUGAGGCAAAGGUAAAAGUUGGUUUCUUUGUUGGACCAACAGAUAAAGAUGGAGUUUGCAGCCAGCAAUCAUCGCAAGCGGACAUAUCUACAGCUGCUCCUUGCCUCCAGAAAUGAACCUUAUCUCUCAUCGCCAAUGCAAAGCCCAUGAGAUCCUUGGCAAUUGAUCACACCCGAGUUACUAUCAACACAGAAGAGAAGAAGAAAAGAAUAAUAAAGCAAGCAUUAAAUCGAAACUUGCAUUAUCAAUUGAUAGCUGGUAGCGCUGGUGCCAUUCACCAACUACCACACAUCUGGGCUGCCCAGCCCCACUCACCACCUCCCUCAUCCCCUACCACCCUAACCCUUCCUCCUCUUCCCCACUUUUACCUCCCUUCUCACCCCAACCUACUCUUUACUCAUCUUUCAUUCAUCCAUUCUUCAUUCAUCUCGCCACUGAUUAUUACCUCACCACCCAUUACUCUCAUCACCAACCAUGAUUGAUUGUACUAACCUAAUGUAACUUGACUAUACCUGGUCAGACAGACUGGCAUGAGUGCUACGGCCAAAAAGUAUUAAAGCUGGAGAAACAAACCUCGGGGCAUCUUUCCCCACCUUUGUUCGUAGCAUGGUUAGCUCUAUCAAUAAAGUUAAGAGAACUUUGCUGUUAGGAAUUUUUUGCUGCUAAUCAAUAAUAAGUCAAUUGAUCAUUUUCAUUCAUUCCCAAUCAAUAAAAAGUUAUAGUCCCACAUGGACUUGUACCUUACACCGUUAUUGAAGAAAUAGUUCAGCCUGCUGCUCCCAUGGGAGACGUGGUUACCAGAGUUAGACUCGACGACUAACUUCCCGCCAAGAAGUGCAGCAGAGAUAUUUGACACAGUCUACCUAUUCCUUUAGGUUACAGGCAAUUCAGAUUGCCUUGAGCGGAUGUUGGCUGAAGCAGAGCUCAUCCUGGUCACAAAAGCAAGGUUUAUGGGGAAUAAUAGCUAUUUUUCUAUACUUUGAAGCAUAAGCAAUUAGAAAAUAUAAAGAUGAUCCUACCAUGCUUGAAAAGUUUUGCCAUUAGCUGGAUCUUCUUUGUGUUGGCAGGUUUGUCAUGUUACGAUGAUGCUGUGUUGGCAGGUUUGUCAUGUUACGAUGACGCUGUCUGGCAGGUUUGUCAUGUUACAAUGACGCUGUGUUGGCAGGUUUGUCAUGUUACGAUGACGCUGUGUCGGCAGGUUUGUCAUGUUACGAUGAUGCUGUGUUGGCAGGUUUGUCAUGUUACGAUGACGCUGUGUCGGCAGGUUUGUCAUGUUACGAUGACGCUGUCUGGCAGGUUUGACUAAUUAUGAAUCUCAUUUUUAUGUUUCACAAAUAUUGAAUAACUUGUUUGAUUUACUUUGGUGCCCUAUACAGUAUAUUAUUUCAGGGUUUUUGAAGUUAUCUAAUAAUUAGGCAACAUUAAGUGCUGAUUAGUAAGUGGGCAAAAAAUUACAAGACUUGAAUAAGAGAGAUUGGCAAUUUGUUGUUUGCCUUUUUAUCUUGCAUUUCAGUCUAUUGAAACAGUGAUGGUGUUUCCAUGCACUUGUUGGUAAUAGAGCAGAAGAUGUCUGCAGAAGACGUCUCGGAGGGAAUGAAGCAACUUGAGCCCCGUCAUUCAUUAUCAAAAUUGCUUUAAAUAUUUAAUGUUCCAAAAUUUAAGUGAAACUCUUGAAACUACUGGGACUGGAUUUAAGAAAGUUGAGGACUGUAGUAAUAAGAUGCAACACUGCUUGUACUGUACACUGGUGCUUGAACUACUUCAUGAAGUAAUCUCUGCACUCUGAGAUUAUAUAAUGUCAGAGGAAAUGUAUCAUUUUCUACUGCAUCCGCCCUUCCCCCCAAGCCCACUCCACAAUCAUGAUUGUCGACGGGGCUUCCAGUUGAACCAAAUACUGUAGGUUGAUUGGUAGUAUUCUUAGGCACGUGAUCACCAAAACAUUUGCUUGGCUGACACUUGCCUCUGCUGUCAUCCAUAGCUCACAGGGUUACCUGAAAUGUAUAUCAUAUUAAGCCAAGUCUCUUGCGUAGUUAAACAUCUGGGCUUUAAUGGAAGAAUCUAAAAUGUACAAGUUUUGUUUUAUAGUAAAGAAAUCUUUAAAUGUUAUUAAGAGAGACAGUGAAAUUACUUAGUGUACAUUAUGGAUGGUACUGCCAAGUGUACAAGCCUCAGGAAGGUGUACAUUAUGGAUGGUACUGCCAAGUGUACAAGCUUCAGGAAGGUGUACAUUAUGGAUGGUACUGCCAAGUGUACAAGCUUCAGGAAGGUGUACAUUAUGGAUGGUACUGCCAAGUGUACAAGCUUCAGGAAGGUGUACAUUAUGGAUGGUACUGCCAAGUGUACAAGCUUCAGGAAGGUGUACAUUAUGGAUGGUACUGCCAAGUGUACAAGCUUCAGGAAGGUGUACAUUAUGGAUGGUACUGCCAAGUGUACAAGCUUCAGGGAGGUGUACAUUAUGGAUGGUACUGCCAAGUGUACAAGCUUCAGGGAGGUGUACAUUAUGGAUGGUACUGCUAAGUGUACAAGCUUCAGGAAGGUGUACAUUAUGGAUUGUACUGCCAAGUGUACAAGCUUCAGGAAGGUGUACAUUAUGGAUGGUACUGCUAAGUGUACAAGCCUCAGGAAGGUGUACAUUAUGGAUGGUACUGCCAAGUGUACAAGCUUCAGGAAGGUGUACAUUAUGGAUGGUACUGCCAAGUGUACAAGCCUCAGGAAGGUGUACAUUAUGGAUGGUACUGCCAAGUGUACAAGCCUCAGGAAGGUGUACAUUAUGGAUGGUACUGCCAAGUGUACAAGCUUCAGGGAGGUGUACAUUAUGGAUGGUACUGCCAAGUGUACAAGCCUCAGGAAGGUGUACAUUAUGGAUGGUACUGCCAAGUGUACAAGCUUCAGGGAGGUGUACAUUAUGGAUGGUACUGCUAAGUGUACAAGCUUCAGGGAGGUGUACAUUAUGGAUGGUACUGCCAAGUGUACAAGCUUCAGGAAGGUGUACAUUAUGGAUGGUACUGCCAAGUGUACAAGCUUCAGGGAGGUGUACAUUAUGGAUGGUACUGCUAAGUGUACAAGCCUCAGGAAGGUGUACAUUAUGGAUGGUAUACUGUCAAGCUUAUACACUGCCAGAUGUAUAAGCUUCAGGAAAGGCAUGUGUGGAUGAACACACUCACUUGUGUAAAGACAAAUAUUUGAUACUGGAGAAAGUGCGAUGGCAUUUACCAGUUUCUACUAAUUAAUAUUAGAUAAAGUUUCAUCUGCAAGGAAUCCUAUUUAUAUUCUUUUAUGAUACUGUUAAACAGUGUUAUAAAGGUUGUGGCAUAGCAAAUUUCUAUAUACCGAAUGAUGUCAGACAAAAUGUUCUUGUACAAAUGGGAAUAUACUGUACCUUGAAAGGAAAUAUAUUGUAAUUUUA